UCAAAUUUUCUAAUUUAUUUAGUGAAUACUUCUUUAUUCUAAAUAGUGUUAUGGCACCACCGCAAUUCACCGAUUUUGGAAAGUCAACUAAAGAUUUGUUCACCAAAGGAUAUACUCAUGGACUUCUUAAAUUGGAUGUGAAAUCGAAAUCUGGACCUAAUGUCGAGUUCAAAAGUGAAGGCGAACACAAUCUUUCGACUCAAAAGAUUAAAAACAAGUUGGAAGUUAAAUACAAGAUUCCUGAAUAUGGUACAACUAUAACCGAGUCAUUGAACACUGCCAAUCAACUCGGAUCUAUUUUGGAGUUGAACAACCAACUGGCUAAGGGUCUGAAAGUGACUAUUGACACCAAAUAUACUCCAAAUUCUGGAAAGCGUGAAUGUCUCGUAAAGACUGACUUCUCGGGUGAAAUGGUCAGAUUGAACGCUAAUCUUUCUUUGGUUGGUGCUCCUGUUUUGGAAGUUUUUGGUGUUAGCAAGGUUUAUAAGGACUGGCUGGCUGGUGCCAAAGCAAAGUAUGAUCUUCAAGCAAAUGAACUCAAAGCUACUUCUCUUGCUUUUCUUCACCAAACUUCUGAUUACGCUUUGCAUACCUUUACGAAUGAUGGGAAUGAAUUUGGUGGAAGUCUCUACCAUAAGGUCCACAAGAAUUUUGAAUUUGGGGUGCAAUAUAUGUGGAAAUUGAAGGAAGAGAAUAAUCAAUGGAGCCUUGCUUCUAAAUAUCAAGUAAAUCCGGAUUUGUGUCUGCGCGCUAAAGUCGAUCACCAAUCUCAAGUGACCGUUGCUGCAACUCAUAACUUGAGUUCGACUGUUAAGUUGACUUUUACAUCUCAAUUCGGACUUGCUGGACUGCCUGACACUUCAAACAAGUUUGGAGUUGGUCUCGAAUAUGCACAAUGA